AUGCACGUGGAAAACCUGCAGAAUAUGAGGCCCCAGAAAGACCCGUUGCAAAAUGCAAUUAUCCAUCGCAGCCUGAAGAGUCUUCCGCACGGGCCAGACUGGUACGUAUUCCCAGCUACCGAGGCCCACGCCGCGGCCAGCCUGGUCUCCACCGGUGGUAUCUCCACUCUGGGUUCCGCAUCCGGGUGGCUUGCGUUGAAGCACGCCCCCCAAUUAUGUCGCUCGUCGUUGUCAUAUCGUGUGUUUACCCGUCGAAAACGGGCCGGUCAGCGGAAAUGGUGUCACCGUUUCUUCAUGUCAGACUUAAGUGCCAUCAUUUAUGUGUCGUGGUGGCAUGCCCUGUCAGGCGUCAGCACCGGCGCGCCCCACGGCGGUUCCGCUGAGCCUAUCGCAGCGCCAUAUCCUGCCGCUAAAGCCCAAGUUAAUUGA